AUGACGGCCAGGUCGCAGCGUGCCAACCCGCUGCUCAACCCGCUCCUCUUUCUCUACCAGCUCAUCCAAUGGACCAUCAACUACGCCCUCUCGCCCAGCCCGCCCAAGUCGGAGGCCGAGCUGUCGAGGCCCAAGAUUGCCGUUGUGGGAGCGGGCAUCACGGGCAUCACGGCCGCUGCCCACUGCGUCGGCCACGGCUUCGACGUGACCAUCUUCGAGGCCGGGCCCAAGGAGCAACUGGGUGGAAUUUGGAGCAGAGUCAACGACACGUCCGCCCUUCAAAUCCACUCCGUCAUGUAUAGAUUCCACCCUUCGGUCAAGUGGGAGCGCGGGUACCCCGACCGUGAGCAGAUCCUGCAGCAAGCCACGCAGCUCUGGAAGCGAUACAACCUCCAGGGCAAGACCAGGUUCGACUUCAGCGUUCGCAAGGCCUACCGGGACGACCGCGCCCGCUGGAUCAUCAACGACCCGUCCAACGGCCGCUUCGACGGCCUGGUCGCCGCCGUCGGGACCUGCGGCGACGUCAAGAUGCCGAACCUGCCCGGCCUGGACUCGUUCCGCGGCGAGGUCUACCACUCUAGCCAGCUGGGCGGGAAAGACGUAAAGGGAAAGAGGCUCGUCGUCGUCGGAGGCGGCGCGUCGGCCGUCGAGGCGCUCGAGUUCGCAGCCAGGGCCGACGCCGCCAGCAUCUCCAUCCUCUCGCGGUCCGAGAAGUGGAUCAUCCCGCGAAACAUUGUCGUCGACACCCUCCUGUCCUUCAACAUCUUUGGCCAGGAGACCUUCCUCUCCUUCAUCCCCGAGUUCCUCCUGCGCAGGCUCUUCUACCGCGACCUCGAGGACAUUGCGCCCCCGCGCGACAAGGGCCUGUUCAUGGACACGCCCAUGGUCAACUCGGACAUUAUGCACAAGCUGCGCGACGGCAGUGCCGCCUGGAUCCGCGGCGACAUCGACGCCGUCGUCGACAGGGGCGUCCGCGUGAACCGCCGCGCGAGGGGGGUCCCCAAGGGCGGCCCGGGCCACCUCGAGGUCGUCGACGCCGACGUCAUCGUCAUGGCCACCGGCUUCAAGCGACCCUCGCUGUCCUUCCUCCCGGACGACUGCUUCGCCGACCCCUACCAGCCGCCCCACUGGUACCUCCAGACCUUUCCGCCCGCCCAUCCCUCCGUCUCGGCCAUCAACUGCACCUACGUCUCGGCCAUUGGGUCCGUCGGCAACUGGCACAUUGGCAUCUACACCCGCAUCCUGCUCAUGUUCCUCGUCGACCCGCUGACCCGGCCCAGCCCCUUUUGGAUGCGCCGCUGGAUCGACAUGACGCGCCUGCUCAAGAGGUCCAGCCCUACCGGAGCCUUUGACUUCUUCACCUACCUCGAGCUGGUGUGGUGGUUCGUCUUUUGCGUCACCAUCAAUCCGUUCCGCUGGAAGUGGGCCGUCUUUGUCUUUCUCGGCAUCGGCAUCGACUUGCCCAAGGCCUUUGUCGAGCGGGAGAAGAAGUUCUUGAAUGGCGUCAGGGGAUAUGAAAACAGAGAUGCCGGCAGUAGCUUGUGA